CCCAGGUCUCUCUCUCUCUUCCAUUUUCGUGUAAACCCUAGCGCCGCCUUAGCUUUCCACUGUCUCUCUCCGCCAAAAAUGGCAAUAUCACAGAGCUGGGCUGAUGAGUACAUCUAUUACAUGCUUGUUCUAGUGAAAGCAUUAAAAGUUUUACUCGAUUUCACGUCCUUUUGGCCGAAUAUGUGGUUGCCAACAGUUGUUUCUCAAUACAUUCCUCCUCGAGUAACUACCACUGAGAUUGUUCAUCUCACUGAAGUAUGGACAGCCAAAGUUGUACCAUGUGGUGAAAGAAGGAGAAUCAUGGAUGGAUGGAAAGAAUUCGUUUACAAGGCAGGUUUUGAAGAAGGAGAUGUUCUUGAUUUUGUGAUGUUUAGGAGCUCGGAUGAGUUUGUGAAAUUUGUGGUUGUUAAUGACGACCCAAUUUUCAUAGUUUUUUCUAAUGCAUUACCUGUAUUUUUGGUUUGAAACCAUUUGAACUAUGUAUGAUCUUAUUAUGAAUGAUAUGUUUUACGAACCAAUUUUUAAUGAAUUUUGGUUUAUAGAAUGCUGU